AUGGGACUCGAUUUUCUACUAUCCGACGACCAAACUAAUCCUAGCGGGGAACCAGAAAAUCCACCCACUCCCUCGACAGCUACCGAUGAAUCCAGAGGCCACCUUCCAUUCGCCAGUCAACAGUCCACAGAACAUCCGGAUUCCUCAGUGUCUUCAUCCAACCCAGCUGAACAUCCGCGGUCUAACGAACUACAGAUAUCCUCAACAAACCAUUCUGUUAAACGUGCUCUCAGUCUUUCUGAUUCCCCUGAUUCGGAUACCAAAUCCUUUCUAACCGAGCCUGGUUCUGUACCAAAGUCUGAUUUACAGUCCAUGACGUCCAACAUCCAAUCUGAUCCAGCAUUGGUUGAUACUCAUGAACAACGACAACAGAACUCUAGAUUAUCAGAUGAUGUUCAGGAGAUUUCAGAAUCUGCCGGCAAACGAAUAAAACUUGACCCAGGUCUAACUCCAAUGAAGUCUGAGACGCUGGACGUUAAACCUGGAUGGAAUUGUGUGAAGGCGGACCCGGACUCAAUAAACGCAUCCAUGGAAGAGCUGAUCUCAAACUGCAGCAGGUCAGCAUCAAUCGAUGGAUUGAACGGGGAUGGAAUGAAAGCAAGCAGCGACAAUAGUAGUAGUACUUUCUGUGACAGUAGCUCAAUUAGCUCGUGCAAUACGACCGGAACAACAUUGAAAUCAGACAUGCCACUUAUACCAACUGAACUGGAUGAAGACUACACAUGUGCCGAAUCGAUUCGUGCUCUUUUCGCUCAGAUCGAUCGAUUGGAAGUGUUCCUUGAUGAGUCUUACGUGCGAUUUGUUGAGAGCUUUCCUUGUACAUGA